AUGGACAGGGUCUGGCGAGAUGUCCCCUCAAAAAUCCGUCUCCGUUUCCCGAAAGUCCGCGAUUUGAUCACCGCUGGCUUGUUGACUGACAAAGAGUACACGAUUCUUGAGGAACAUUAUGCCAGCUGUACGGCUGUUCGAUGGAUGGCUCCAUUGCAUUGGGUUCAACAAAUUCUACAAGAUGAAGUCAAGGACAACAACCCGACCACAUCGAUUGUGAAUAAUUUUGUGACAGGGUUUUUUUAUGUAUCUGAUUGGCUCAAGUCGGGAAUUCCAAUGAACUUUGACUCCGACUGGGAUAUCAGCUACAAGCUCUACAAACGGCUCACAAAUAUCAGCAGUUUCUGCGAAGAUCUGUCGGAUAUCUUGACGUUUGUUGUGAAUCCAUUUGUUUUCUACUAUGCUCUAACCAACAAGCAAAUUUGUCUAGCAAUUAGGCUUUUCGCUGCUGCCAUUAGCGCUAGCAAAUGUUUCAGGGCUUUUGCGUUUUCUGGGCUUGACUUUUGUUUUUUCGAGAUCAGGGAUUUCAGG